AUGCCGCGUCCCUCGCAACCAGAGAACCUUUGUGCCGAGUUUACAGCCAUGAAGCGAAAACAGAUCGACGUGUGGAAAUACCACGACCUUGCACUUAUCGAACAGGAAGCGGGAAAGACGUAUGUCGUGGACUUGGUUCGUCGUUAUGGUACCGGUACCGGUAUCGGUUCAGCCACCUGUUCGAGCCACAAUGUACAAGAGGGGCGUGCCGUGAUUGCUGGAAAGGAUGCAAGCAACUUUACCGCAAUUGCGAGCGCAACGACGACGGAACCAGACUACGUAUUCCGCCAAACCCUUCUGGGACGGGCUUUGCUCGCAUCUCCCUCUCCGACGCCGCCCUGCCGCAAUCGUCCCUCUCACCGCUUAGUAUUUGUGAGGAAGGCAGAGUAA